GUGCUCCUCCCCAACAGCACCACGCCAUGUCAAAGCAAUUCCAGUUCAAGCUUGUCCUCCUAGGCGAGUCAGCGGUAGGCAAGUCCAGUUUGGUUCUACGGUUCGUGAAAGAUCAGUUCGACGACUACAGAGAAAGCACUAUCGGCGCUGCCUUCCUGACGCAAACUGUGACAUUGGAUGAUCAGACUAUCGUCAAAUUCGAAAUAUGGGAUACGGCUGGACAAGAGCGCUACAAGUCCCUUGCUCCAAUGUACUAUCGCAAUGCAAAUUGUGCAGUGGUAGUUUAUGACAUAACACAGGCUUCCUCGCUCGAUAAGGCGCGCACUUGGAUCCGGGAACUCCAGCGUCAAGCAGAUCCCUCAAUAGUCAUCGCACUGUGCGGUAACAAGACUGACCUUACUGCUCGCCGACAAAUCACUCAAGAAGAGGCAAAAAAGUAUGCAGACGAAGAGGGACUCAUGUGGUUUGAAACCAGCGCAAAGACUGGGGAGGGUGUUUCGGAAGUAUUCACAGCAAUUGCGAAGAAGCUCCCUCUUUCCGCACCAUCAUCAAGAACGAGUGCCGCUCGAGGGACUGCAGCAGCACGGCAAGGCGUUGACCUGAACAGGCAGACCACCACCCAGGGUAGCAAUGAGGCCUGUAAUUGUUGAUUACAGUACUUGGUUACACUUCGGCCUACAGUUUGACGGGCACCCCUAUCAUUCCCCUCACAUUAGCCUUUGGCUUAUUUCAUUUGUAAUCAUUCAGCACUUGACGGUUACCUUUCCAGACGUACACCUUUCACAUCAUCAUUCAAUCGAUAAGACUAACUAUCAAAACCAACGGAUCAGUGUGAAGCUUAUUUCUUCGCAACGCUUGUGGCACCUACAACUAGGCUCGAGUUAGGCCAAGAAG